AUGUCUCUGUGUCAUACAUCCGUGAAGCCUGUGACAUCAUCAGCGCUUCGGGUUCUGCUCAGACGACAGCAACAAUGUCCACGGGGCAUCAGACUAUUCUCGUCCACCCGCCCAAUAUACUCGUCCUCGAAACGUGAACUUCAGACGGCAACCGCUUAUCGACCAUACUCUUUGCCCGAGUCCGUUGUUCCGCCGCCCCGGAAUGCGGGAACCCCAGACACAUCCAUCUCCCAUGCAAUCCCGGGACUAAACACUACGCCAACAUAUCCACCACCGAAGGACACGGUGUCAUCUAAAGAUGAUGGCAACGCUUCCAUAUCGUCUUAUUCCUUGCCAGAAAACGAAGCCCAGAAGUCGCAACCUGUAUCCAAGAACGGAGCCACCCCUUCUUCGGAGACGAAAGCGAAGCCGCGAAAGAGUAAACUACGGGCAAGAAAAGCUGCCGUAUCACUCACACCAACUGCGCUAUCCAAACUCCGAGACCUUGUUUCCCAGCCAGACCCGAAGCUGAUCCGGAUAGGUGUGAAGAAUAGAGGUUGCUCGGGACUAUCAUACCAUCUAGAAUACGUUGAGAAGCCAGCUCCUUUCGACGAAGUAGUUGAACAGGACGGUGUUAAAGUCUUGAUUGAUUCUAAGGCUCUUUUCAGCAUAAUUGGAAGUGAAAUGGACUGGCACGAAGACCCACUGAGCAGCCGCUUCGUAUUCAACAACCCAAACAUCAGUAAGUAUCUCUCCUUGUUACCCAGAUAG